AUUGCGAGUGACUUCCCUGUAAAUAUUGCGAGUGACUUCCCUUGUGUGACAGGCGGCGCUGCGAUACUCGUCAACUUCCGCUAGAAAGUACCUUGAGGUCUGGAAACAGUUUCAGUGGUAUGAAAGAAUGGAUCUAGAAGAAGACUAUCCAGGAAGUGGUGGAAGUACUCCUGUGCAGGAUGAAGCAGAAGGUGACAUUGGCCAUGCCACCCCUGUACGAGAUGAAUGGGAAGGACAGCAGUCUAAUGACAUGGUUCCAGCUUCACCUGGCUCAAUGUCGCCACAAAAUUCUUUACGCCAAGUGCCAGAGGAUGAUGAUUAUGUCAGUGAUGGAGGCGAGGUGGAACGGGAGGUAGUGCAUCAAGAUAUGGAUGAUGAUGAUGAAGGGGAGGAAGUGGAAAGAGAAGUGAUUGAAAGAGAAAUGGAUGAAGGUGAUAUGGAUGUUGGGGGCACCCACACCCAGAAACAUAUGAUGAUGACAACAAUAAUAAUGAUGACGACAUGAACAGACAUGACAUGGAUGCAAGUGGACCACGUUCUCCAGGAUCCUCCAUUGCUAGCCCAGUGGCCUCCCCUUUGAACAGUGCACCUCCUUCACCCAUGGGUCGCCCAGUUUCUCCUGGCUGGGACAGCCGUCACUCACUCAGUGGGAGUGGUCCAGCUUCUCCAGCAGGUAGUGAUGCAAGAUCUCCUUCAGGAAGUGCUCCGGCUUCACCAGCAGGUUCUCCACGGCAUGACAGAUCACCUUCUCUAAGUCGGAGUCGCUCUGGUUCACCAGUAAGAAGCUGGUCUGGCUCUCCAAAAAGUCCCAAAGGCUCGCCAUCUAGAAGCCAGUCUGGUUCCCCCGCAAGAAGUAGAUCAGGCUCGCCAGCAAGGAGUCAGUCGGGUUCACCUGCAAGAAGUAGAUCUGUUUCACCAGCAAGGAGUCGAUCUGGUUCUCCUGCUAGAAGUCGAUCUGGUUCACCAGCAAGGAGUCGGUCUGGUUCACCAGCAAGGAGUCGGUCUGGUUCUCUGGCUAGAAGUCGAUCAGGUUCACCUGCAAGGAAUCGGUCUGGUUCACCAGUAAGGAGUAGGUCUGGUUCUCCUGCUAGAAGUCGAUCAGGUUCACCAGUAAGGAGUCGAUCUGGUUCACCAGUAAGGAGUAGGUCUGGUUCUCCUGCUAGAAGUCGAUCUGGUUCACCAGCUAGAAGCAGGUCUGGUUCUCCUGCCAGAAGUCGAUCAGGUUCACCAGCAAGAAGUCAGUCUGGGUCACCUGCAAGAAGUCGAUCAGGUUCUCGAGCAGGAAGUUCUUCACCUGCUCGUUCGAGACGGGGAUCAGGAUCACCCCAGAGGCGUUCAAGAUCUGUUUCCAGGUCACGCUCAAGGUCAGGUUCCCCUGCUUCAAGAGCAUCCUCUGCUGGAAGCAGGGUGGCAGUUCGAAAACGAAGACGGAUCAUAGAUGAUGAUGAUUCUGACAAAGAAAAUGAUGACAAUGAGGAAAAAGCUGGAUCAGAUGCUGACGGUGGCAAGACUUUAGGCAAGGACCAAGGGAAAAGUAAAGGCAGUGAAGAUGAUGACAGCGACAAAGAGUCAGUUGCAGAUGAGCUGAUUGCAGAUAUUUUUGGCUCAAGUGAUGAAGAAGAAGAAUUUGCGGGUUUCAAAGAGGAUGACGUCCGAUCAAAAAAGAAAGAGAAGAAGAAAAGUGCUGUCAAAGCAGAUGAGGAGGAGGUAGAUGAAGAUGAACAGGUGCCCACAACCCAAGAAGGGAAUGCAGAAGGGGAAGUACUGCCAGAGCUCUCAGAUGAUGAGAAUGAAGAUGCAGCUAGGAAAGGAGCACAAGGGAGUUCAGCAGUCUCUGACUUUGAAGUAAUGAUGCAACGAAGAAAAGAAGAAAGCAAGCGAUUCCGUCGAAAGCGCAAAGACGUUGAUCUCAUCAAUGAUAACGACGAUUUGAUAGCAGAUAUGAUUGCAAAGAUGAAGGAAGCAGCAGAGGAGGACAGACAGCUUAACCAGAAACGGCAGCCUGCCACAAAAAAAAUCAAGCUUUUGCCAUAUGUUGUAUCACAGUUAAAGAAGUCAGACCUUCACCUUAUCUUUCUGGAGUCUGGCAUCCUGAGUGCUCUGACAGAAUGGUUGGCUCCCUUGCCUGACAAAAGUCUUCCUCACUACAACAUCCGGGAGAGCCUUUUGCGUGUGCUUGGAGAGUUUCCGUCCAUCAGCAGUGAGAGCCUGAAGAACAGUGGCAUAGGGAAGGCAGUGAUGUAUCUGUACAAGCAUCCUCGAGAGAUGAGAGAUAAUAGAGAACGAGCUGGAAAACUUAUCAAUGAAUGGUCAAGACCAAUCUUCAACCUAACAUCCAACUACAAGACACUGUCACGAGAGGAACGCCAGCAGCAAGAUUAUGAGCGUGAACCUAAACGUCGCAGAUCAAGCGCGGAAGGUGGUGGGCAGACGCCACGUCAGAAUAUUGACAAUGCUUUAGCUGGAGAACAGAGGGCUUUGAGGCCUGGUGACCCAGGCUGGCAGUACAGAGCAUCGGUGCCUACACCAUCAAACAAGGAGUAUGUUCAUCGCCCUGUCAGCAGCUAUGAUAACCAGGGCCCCAGGGCUCAGCCCAAGAAGAAGGUUACUCGCUAUGAGAAACAUGUAAGAACAUUCAAAGAGAAGAAAAAGUUCACAAAAGGACAGAGAGCAGUGGGAAUUAGUAUUGAAGGAAGAAAUAUGGCUUUGUGAGAAUUUAAGUAUAUGCAUAAAAUGUGUGUGUGUGAGAGUGUUUACACAUGUUUGUGAGAGUGUGAGCGUGUUUGUGUCUGUCUGUGAGAGAGAGAGCAGGUGAGAGUUUGGGAGAAGGCAAGACAGAUAAAAUGUGUGCAUCUGAAUUUAAAAUGAACUGAAUAAAUUCUCUGUUUACUGAUAAAGAUAUUUGUAUCAGAAAUAUUUUGCUACUCUUCCUUCAGAGAAAGAAAUUGGAAUCUGAUGUAUGAGGGCACACUAAUCAGAGAAAUUAAAAACAAUAAAUCACAAUGUAAGUGUAUGGAUUGUAGCAGUAGAACCUCUUGGGAUUCACUAGCAGACUAGCUGAUUCUGUACAAGAGUAUAAAUGUCUAUAACAGUAUUUGGUAUCAUUGGUAUUUGUCUGGUUAGCUUAUAAUCAAAAGCGUUAUUAAUACAUAAAUGAUUCUUAGUAAGAUUAGGUACGUUCUGGAAAGUAGAUGUAGUGAGGCAAGGGAAUGAGCAUUUUUCAGUUCAGCAUGUCAACAUAAUUAAUAACUGGAACAUCCUCAAAUAAACCUUUAAUCUGUGCAGAAUAGUCUGGAUUCCAGGAGAUUCUGCAGAUUAAGCCUGAAAGUUUGAAGAAGAUAACAAAAAGAAUUAGUGCUAAGGGUUCAGGAAGUCGUGUGGUGAUACAGGCAAACAUUGCAGACAUCCCUGAAAGCAUGUAUAUGAGGUUUUAUUUCAAUAGGUAAAAUAUUGUUACAGUGAAAGCACAAGGUUUUGCACAGGUAAAACUUUUCAUCCCCCAUUCCAUAGUUUAAAUGAUGUAGCACGACCUCGACACAUUCCUUAUACAAGCCAUUAGGAUUUCAGAUACCAGUUUUUGAUUCAAAAUUGGUGACAGAGUAAUUUUUGGCCUUUCAAGAUCAAAACCUGUGCUGCCUUAAGAGUUAUCAUUCAGAACCUAACCAUAUCAUCAUCAAGGAAAUUAGUGAGUUCAUUCUUUUCUUUGGUUUUUGAAAGGUAUGAUUGCAUGAAUAUCGGCUAAAGGUUCAAUGCAUUGCACUGUGUAUCAGAGCAUAAAUUAAAACAGUUGUUUCCCUCUUGCAUAAAGUUUAAUGGAUGUUUACAGAUUUAAACACACACCUUUCCUCCCACUGUACACACAUUUACACUCAUCUGGAAUUAAAAUUCCAUGGUGUACAUAAUCAUUGAUCAUAAAUGUAAUUUGUGAAAGUUCUUUCAUCUCUGAAUCAGCAUGUAGAUAUUUAGCAGGUGUGGGUGCAGACAAAACUUGAGAUUUACAGAAACUUUCCUGUGGAAGAGUAGCUGCCAUUACCACACUAGUCAAUUUACUAAGUUUGAUUGUUGGUAGCAGGAAGUGAUGUGUUGACUACAGUUGCAAGUUGGGCCCAGUAUUUUAUCUCUCCUGCUAGACUGUUGUUAAAAGCCUGUAGGAGGGAUUUGAGAUUCCCUAGUGUGUGUGUUCCCUGACUAAUGUCAUUAAGCAGACCAAACAAUUAGCAGAAACAGUGUUUGAGAUUCAAAGAUGUGCUUUUCUCGGCCUUUUAUCAAUCUUUCAAGGGUCUUGGUGGUGCCGGGACGUGCAGGGCAUGAGGUUUGGGUAGAUGGUAGAAUGUGUACAUGGAUGUAAAUGAUCUACAAAAAGAAUAAACCUUGAACUAUCCGU